CAAUGCAUUCAACAGUUCCAUUUUCAUUUACUGUCAUUUUAUUGUGAAAAUAUCAUUUGGACUAACAAAAUUAUAGUACAAAAACCGACCUCCUAAAAAUGUACAAGAACGCGUCAUGUCAAUCUAAACACGACACGACGAAAACAAAGAAUCACUGAGCUUCUAUCCCAAAUCAUAGUCAUCGAAACCCAAAACAAGUUAAGAGCCGCCAAAGUGCGGAAAAGUGUGGAAAACUGAACUGGCUUUUCUGCUGGCUGCGGUAGAGGAAACGUUAUUUCCAGGAAAUGCACUUAGCUCUUUCACUGCGUCUCGUUUGUUUUUUUCGUUACCUCUCGUGCUGAGUGAAAAUUUGAGGACCCAAUAGCUAGGAACUUUCUUUUGAUCAAGUGAGAAAUUGGUGUGCGAAAAACUACAGUAAGAAAAGCUCACUCACUCGGAAAAAUAGCAUUUGCGAGGCGGGAUGUGAGAACGAAAGCGAAACAAUUCCGAUCCGAAGAUGCCAAAGCACAGAUGCCAGAGAGGCCAGAAAAGCCCAUGGAGCUAAUUAAGCCGCCUCGCAUGAGUGCUGUGUGGUUUUCCACGGGGCCAGAGGUUGGGGGUGGCUCUGCAUCAAGGGAAAGCACUAACUGCAACAUCAACAUCAACAGCAACAGCAACAGCGACAUUAGCAACCAGAGCAACAAAGAUGAGAAAUCGCUGGCUUCCUGGCUUCAUGAAGAAAUAAGUCUAGAGUGCCAGUUGGGGAAAAACUUGUUCAUCUUUGGCUCUAACGAGCUAACGGAGCGACGCGGACCAACCGAACUGAUGGACAGACUGGCGGACGGACACUGCGUUGGACGGACGGGCAACUGUGAGCGAUUCCACACAAAUCAAGACGAUAGGUAAACAAGCAAGCAGCAACAACAAGAGCAGCGGUACAAGUAGCAAAUGGCAAGUGCAAGUGUAACAGCAACGGACUCUUGUACUUUCCUGAGGAUGGCCGCGUGAUCACGUGAUCUCAGCCAGGGCUGAGCUGCAAGUGAUUAAAACAAUGUGGCAUAAAAGGGUAUUGAAGAAUCGAAUAUAACGUGUACUUAUAUUAUAGACAAAAAUGUAUAAGACUUCAGAAAAUGGGAAAUAUAAUUUUGUAAGCGCAUAUAAAAUUGUGUUUACUAAAACGAAUAAAGGUUAAGAUACAACA